ACUCAAUAAAUUAUAUUAUCUCAUACUUCCAUGGCUGCUGCUAGAGAAUUAGUAACCGAUGAUCAGGCAAUGACGUCGUCAGGCUAUGUUGCUAAAGAAUUAGUAUUAAGUGAUGAUCAUCAAGAAAUGGUGUCUUUUGGUCCGCAACAAGUUGAUUCUCUUGGUAGGCUUGAAAAAAAGUUUGAUGUGUUACUUACAGUACUUACUGAAUUGCAAGUAAAUACAUCACAGAUUGUAAGAAACACUAGUAAAAAUGACGAAGAAAAUCAUAAAGCUGUCCCAAACCGGUCAUCUUCAUCAAUUAAUCCUCGUGCUGAAGAUGGUGGUAAAGCCACGAAUAAAGAUGUUUUGGAUAAAUACAAGGAGCUAUAUGACGCAGCAAUAGAGGGUGACUGGAAAGUGGCAAGUAAGUUUUUGGAGAAGCAUCCAGAAGGGAUUACACAAGGGAUCACUAAUGAAUCACAAACAGUGUUGCAUGUAGCUAUAAGGUAUGGGAAGAAAUGGAAUCUGAUGUUUAUAGAGGAGAUUCUGAAACUUAUGCCCCAAGAUAUACUUGAGCAUAGAACAAACGUUAGUGAAAAUACACCGCUUCAUUAUGCUGCCUUAUGUGGACAUGCUAAAGCCGCUAAGAUAAUUGUAAACAAAAACCCUGGAUUGACUCAGAUAGUAAAUCGCAGUGGAGAGGUACCACUUGAAAGGGCUCUAACAUCAGUUACAGCUGGAAAAAGAGAGACAGUUGAGUAUCUUUAUUCGGUGACUAAACACGAACAUCCAGGUCCUUUCUCUGGUGACCAAGGUGAUUCUCUAUUGCGUCACAUGAUUGAUUCUGGUUUCUACGAUAUUGCAUCAUCUGUUGUCCAGAGUUUUCCAGAACUGGUUAUUGAUCAGACAAAGAAAGUACAAACAAAUGCAAUGAAUUACAUGGCAGAAAGGCCGUUUGCAUUUGUUAGUGGAGCUAAGCAUACGUUCUGGAAACGCUGCAUCUAUUCAUUGGUUAAAGUGGACACAAUCACCACAUAUGAGCUUCACGCACAAGCAAACGUAAACAAAAAUCCACGUAGGUCAGAAGAAAGCCUUCCCCAAUGCUCUGAAGGCAUCAAGGGAGACGAAGAGAACCCUGUCGAGAGAAUUGAAGGUUCCUGCAGAGACAAAAAAUUCCUUUCCGAGAAUUCAAAAAGCAUGGAAGGAGACAAAGCGAAAUCAUUCAAAUGGAAUACCGCUGGAGUUGGUAUUUGUGCCUCCAUAUUCAUGAUUUGCCUCCUAAUGUAUUGCAAGAUCAAAUUCUUCUUUGUUUUCCUCCUGCGCUUCACCAGGUUUGAGGAAUUACACAAACAGUUAUAUGACGAAAAAGUAAAGCACAAGCAAGCCGAAGACUUGGUUAAAAGUAUAUUUACACCAAUCAAAGAAAAAAUGAACCCCCGAGAGGUAAAAUAUUUUUUUGCAGGAUCUAACGUCAUGAAGAUGGCAAUAAGGCAUGGAAGUGUUGAGUUUGUAGAUGUGUGUAUUCAACUCUUUCCAUACAUAAUUCGGCAUAGAAUGGGUGGACAAACUAUGAUACAAAUGUCUAUUGAAGAACGAAAUGAAACAAUUUUGAAUCUUUUAUGUAAACACAGUGGAAAAGAUAAAAUCGACGCAAUUUGCAGAGCAGAUAUCGAGGGUAACACUAUCUUGCAUUAUGCUGCCAAGUUAGCCCCUUCCGCUCAACUUAAUUUGGUCCCUGGUGCAUAUCUUCAGAUGCAACGAGAAGUGCAGUGGUUUAAGGGGGUGGAGAACAUGAUCUCAGAGCAAAUGAAAUUUAAGAGAAAUAAAAAAGGACAAACAGCACAUAAUAUAUUUACAAAAGAACACAAAGAGCUGAAGGAAAAUGGAGAGAAGUGGCUCAAGGAUACAUCUGGAUCGUGCAUGUUAGUAGCUGCUCUCAUUGCUACUGUAGCAUUCGCUUCUGCUUUUACUGUUCCCGGAGGCAACAUUAGUGAUAGUACUAAUAGCAGUAAAAACGGCAUUCCUGUUUUCUUAGGAAAGAAUUCGUUUAUAGUCUUCGCAGUAGCGGAUGCCAUUGCUUUAUUCUCUUCUGUCACAUCAGUACUCAUGUUCUUGGCCGUAUAUACUUCGCGGUAUGCUGAAAUUGAUUUUUUGAAGUCCUUGCCAAAUAAGUUGAUGUUAGGACUUGCAACUCUGUUCAUAUCUAUGGCCAGCGUGUUGGUAGCUUUUGGAGCAUCAAUAUAUAUCGUGCUUGGGGAAAGACUUGCUUGGGCUCUCGUUCCUAUUGUGGUGUUUAGUUGUGUACCUGUGACCUUGUUUGCAUGGUUGCAGCUACCAUUGUUUUUUGACAUGGUUCAUUCAACAUACCAGGGAAGCCUGUUUCGAGAACAUACAUAUAUCUCCAGUCUACAACUAAAUGCAAGGAAAGAAGACUGAAUUGAGAAUACAUACAUUACAGGGGUUGUUGAGGUCAUAUAAAGUAAAAAUUCUAUCGACGCACAGCCAAUUCAUAUUUAUUGUAAUUAUUCAGAAUAUUUACAGUUUCCAAAUCCCUUUAUCAUUUCCGCAUAAAUUUUCAGCAUUUUCAUCCCUUCCUUUCUAGCUAGUUAGUGUUCGAAACCCAAUAUUCCUUUGUUCUUGUGCAGGCAGACUGUUGACAUGUCUCGGUGGAACUGGUAGAUUGGAUAUGUAUCUAUCAGGUUUAUAUUGUUUA